CGGUCUUGCACCAAUUCUUCUCCUCUGAACACAUACUCCUCCCUCUCUCCUCUCCAUUCAAUUUCUCCUCUCUUCUAUCCUACAACAUCUACAGCCUCAUAAUAUCUCUACAUCAACUACUCAUCGCCUCAAUUGCUCCCCACGUCUGGGAUCAUCGUCCUUGUUACCAAAAGCGUCACGCCACGCCGCGUGUUGGAUCCCUGCAACUUGCAGUCAACCACAAGCCACCAGACCCUUGCUCCAAUUUUCCACCUCUACCUUACCUUACCUUACCUUACGCUACGCUACAGCACUGUGCUGUGCUGGAUGCGUCUGUACCUUGCCUCGUUAUUCUGCGGUACCUCUUCAUCCUGGUCAGGUCAAAGCCGUUGACUAGAACUCUCCUUUCUCUUCGCCCUGUUCUUGCGGGGAGUUUGAGACUCAGCUUCGUCAUCUAAACCCGCUUGCUGGAUCCCAGUCAUCAAUUACAGCUUCAUUGAGAGUUUUGAUUGCCAUUUCAAUUCUCUUUUUGAGCUCCUUGGCCCUCGCUUCGCCUAUCCUUCUUUUGCUGAAUACCCCUUUCCGAAUUCGGGCCCUCGCCAUCGAAUCGACCUGCCUUCUUCCAUUCUCCGUCCGAUCCGCCUCGUAUCGUAUCGUGCACGAAUCACCGAUUUAUUUUUCCAUUAUGUCGUCUCUUUUUGGCAAGAGCGGCGGAGGUUCGCGAUUCCAGCUGCCCGCUCUCAACCUCAACUUUGGUAGUAUCACAGACGGCACCAAUAUCCCACCGCCUCCGGAAUCACCUGUUCAGAAGGUUCCAACUCCUCCACAGACACCGCCACCCGCCAAAGACGUCAAGGACGAAUCCAAGAAGGAACCAGGACAGGAUACAUACAGCAGUGUCACCGAGGACGUCAACAAGAACACACCUCAGCCAAGCAUUACUGCUUCUUCUAAUGGUAAUCUCGCUGGAACCAAACGCUACGCCGACGAGGAUGCUCCUUUGAGCCCAGCUGCUUCAAGCCGCCAAGGCAGCAUCCGUCGCCUAUUCAGUAGAACCAUGUUGAAUAACACUUAUGCAGAGGGCCAGAUAUCAUCGAACGGAAGUGUCCCAGCCGCCGGCGCCGGCGGCCUUGCCCGGCCGAGCAGCCAGGGCGGUGCAAGCUACCUCGACGAGCGCAAGUCUAGGAGAACCAGCGGCUGGUUCAGACGCAUGAGGACCGGAGAGACGAUCCCCAACAAACGAGCCAGUACCAUGUUUAUGGAGGAAGGUCCUCGUGCACCGACACCCAAGAAGCAAUCCGGCCCCCCGCCUCCCAUGAUACCCGAAUUGACCGAUCUCGAAAAGGACAACGGAAGCUUGGGUUCUGAUCUUUUCAAGAACAUCAAGUAGAUCGACGUUUCAUGCGACACCUAGAGCCAAAUGCGCCUGCCGUGCUCGACUCGCCAAUAAUGGCUGGACAGCCACCCCGUUUUUCCUUUUCAACUAUUUACAUAUUCAAAGACCGGAAAUUGAGACAAGACAACACAUUACACCUAUUUUUUAUUAUUAUCGAUCGAGCCAGAAGUAGCAGCAGCAGCAUAACAUGUGCCGGUCCAACCACUUUUGAAAACGCGUCUCUUUUAUCGUAGCCGUUUUCUGCGCAGCGAGAAGGAUGUUUUCAGCCCAUGUCUUGGGGGAAAGGGUGUCUGCAGUGGAGCAGGGGAAAAUGGGGGGAGAAGGAAUCAAGAGCAGUGCAGUAUGGUGAAGGCAGCUCAUCAAGAUACCCAACUCGUUUCGCGAGCUCACUUAUCCGGUGUGCGAAUUAUGGAUUUGUUUUCUUCUUGUUUGGCAUUGCUUUAGUUGUCUAUGCUAUGCGCUAUGAUACUACAAUGCAGUGUAUCAUGGUCAUCUUACGGGUUUCAUGUCACUAUUUGUCAUUUAUUACUUGCCACCAUCACCUGAACGGCCCCUGCUACUACUAUGCGGAGAAUCAUCUCAGAUUAUUAUUUCUUUGUGAGAGUUACAAGGCUAUUUUUUUUCAAAAUUUCUUGGGAGGUGACAGAAAGGAGCACGCUGCGGAUGCCCUUUUGGAUUUUACACAUCUAUUUAUAAAGAGGAAUUUGUACAGAUAGGUGAUUCUGUUUUGAGAGAAAACGAGGAGAGUUUUUGGAGACAACAUGCCAAGAUAUUGGCCAAAGCUCCGUUACUAGAGGGAAGUCUCCCUCUUGUUAUUGGAUAUGAGGCUAAUGAAGAAUUGAACCCAGAUCCUUAAUAUUCACGGUCCUUGAUCUGAUCCAUGCGCAGGGAAGGCUGACUAGAGAUCUGUGAUGGAUCCGCCUGUGGCUUGCUUGUGUCGUAAUCUGAAGCACAGAUCAGGACGUACAAGUGCGUCGGUGAACGUCACUGUAUCUAUAAAUAUUCUGCUGCGUAUCUGAGGCUGUGCAGAGUUUUUUAUGAGGUAUCCAAUUCAUGCCCAUCCAACAAUGUGACGGCAGUCUGGGAGAUGAGGACUUCGGUGAUACAUCGUCACUCAUACAUUCAAGCCCUCUUUUUUUAGCUUCGCAUACAGAGCGUCCUUAGAAGCUUCAUACCCAGGUACCAUAAUGCCUUCACCUGUCGGAACUGGUGCAUUGAAGAGUGGCACAACUCUCGUUUCCCCCUUAGUCACUUCGAGGAUGGUGCCAUUGCCAUGCUCUGGGUUGACGACAAGUUGCCACAUGCCUCGAGCCACUUCUAGAGGGUCUAUCAGAACUGUAUCCUCGUCUAGCAUGACUGCUUUGGUUGGAUCUUCAUGCCACAGAGGAGUCUAGUGGUAGCCAUGCAUUAGCAGUCAUCCAAAGGCUCAUAAAGACUUGGUGAGUUUACCUCUACUGCACCGGGAGCAAUACAGCCGACUCGAAUACCGAGUUCAUCACGCAAUCCCCCCAAUGCUCUCACAAACCCAUGCAAGCCAUGCUUACUCGCAAAGUACAAGGGUGUUGCUAUGCCAGCUAAGUAGCCUGCCAUACUGCCAACAUGUACAAUGCAUCCCUUCUGCUUCGUCUUUGUCCAAUGCCCGAUAGCCAGUUGACUGAGCCGAAUGGGAGAUACCAAGUUCACAUCCAAGACUGCAUAGUGUCCAGGUUCCGCAUUGGCAUCAUCUCGAGACACACUAUCCUCGUUACUCUCAGUUCUGGGUGGUUCCCAGAAGGAGGACCAUUGAGGCUCGAACAAACCGGCUCCUGGAACAACAAUAUCGACAGUUGUGAACUUCUCCAAGGCCUUCUUCCAAGCGGCCGUCAACUGUGGCCAAGAUGCAACGUUGGUUUCUUGAAACAAGACCCCAGCUUUGCCGUCAACGCCAGGGAACGGAUAUUGCUUCAGGAGUUGUUGAGCUUCGGGCCGUAAUUUGAGAUCGGCAACGAGGACCGAACAUCCAUUGUCUAGGAGUAUACGGACAAAGCACAAGUUGAUACCUGUGCUUCAUGGUCAGUCAAUAUAAUUCCUUGCAUGUCUAUGUAUUUGGCAUGUGUAUACCUGAGCCACCGCCAGUGACAAGCGCAGAUUUCCCCUGCACAGACGUUGUCAUAUUCCUUUUGACUAGAAGUGUUUCACUUUAAGGUUGUUAAAUUGUUGGUGAUCCGAUCGCCAGCGAGGGCCCAAUGACGCAAGUUGUAUCUUUCAGGGCUGUAUGAUCCCUACUCCAACUGUUAUAUGAAUCAGCGUUGCAGUCGCUCACUCGAAUGUUUUGAAUAAGAGAGUUGAUGUUAGAGAGAAGAGUGAACUGAAGUGCAGUUUCUGCGGGGUAGUCUUAUUAUCGUAUGAAAGACACUAGGGACACGCAUGGGCUGACGAAUGAAUCUACUCCGUACUUCAUAUGGGUUUCAUGCAAAGUCUAAUCUUUGUGUAUCUGUAUAUGGAUAUUCUGACCCCUGUUACUAGCAGCAAUAUGUUGUCUCACCUCCUCUCUGAAGCAUUCAUGUCAAAUCAAACACCAGCCUUCUCCUCAUCCCCAGAUCCUUGCACCUGCAUCGUCUCUGAAUCCGAAUCCUCCGGUUUGCCCUCCCGACAAGCCCAUCCAUCCACUAAUCGCAACGUCUCACGGCUCCACACGCGGUUCAUGAGCGAUAAUCGGACGGGAACUAAAGCGAUGAUGAUCAGAGGGAAUGCAGGGGCCGCAACUGUCAGGGUCACCCCAAAAACAAUGCCUGUUAUGAUGAUCUGUGCGAUUGUGUACAUGUGAAUACCGAACCAGCUAACAUUAUCAGGGAGGGCAGGGAGAUCAGAUGGCGGUGUGAGUAGGUUUACAACUCUUUCAAGAAUAGGGUUGACAGAUAGAGACUGGUAACCCAUGAAGAGGAACAGGCCAGCGAGCACUGAUGUCUGUGUGAGACCCAGAAGCUUUUGUAGCGGGGGAGACACAAAGAUAAGAAUGAGAGAAGCUUGAAUGAAGUGAGAAUAUCUCUGCUCAUAUGUCCUUGCGACUGGUCGAGGCGAAUCUGGCUGCUCCCCUUCUUCCGCAGGAGGACUCUCAAUGACAUAAUGCAUCAACGAUUCUGAGUGAAGCGGUGCUUGAGGUAACAGGCCGUUUGCCGGAGGAAUACCAAGAAUACCACAAAGGAUGGUAGUGGUUCCCAAGAGAGCAACAUCCCAAGCAUAUCCGCCUGGCUUCUUGGUCCCGUAUCGUUCUACGGUGCAGAUGAUGCUGCUGAUUUCGUGGUCAAAGUAGAACAAGACCGUGACGAUGGCGCCCGGAAUCAUGGACAAGAAGACCCAUUCGAUAGGUAUCUCCCAGAAGCGAACAAAGAAAGUCGUUCUGUCUGGGUUUGUGGGUCGAAAGCUGGUUUGGACUUCGAGCCGUAUAUGAUCUAAUGAUGCCAGUUCCCCGAUAUAUGGGAUUCCGAUCCAGAUAAUAAUGGAAAUAGCAGCAGCAUAUUCUGUAAGCCCAAGUCGAACGUACCGAUGGAACAUAGGCUUCCACGAGUUUGCGGUGGACAGCAGAAUGGCCAGGAGACAUGUUCCCACCGCUCCAAGAACAGCAUAUAGAAAGGCAGCGAGGGAGACUCGAGCGUGGGUUCGCUUCAGCUCCAUUGCCGCCUUGUGGAAGUAGAUGACACUGUUGAGAAGUGAGAAGAUGUCGGCGCUGAAAUGGGUGACAUAUUGCAUGGUCCAGUCAUGCGCGUUGAAGAUGGCAAGUAGAUAGUGCAUCCAACCAGCAUGGAUGAGGGACCAUGCCAUGACUGGCAGAAAUUCGACCUGGGAGGUGUUAGCUGAUGGCCACCAGUAUACAUGCACUGUAUUAUCGACUUACAUGAAAGUGUGUAUCGCAUAGUUCGUAGAUGUUCUCGGCCAGCACCGAGAAUG